AAUGCCAAGGUGAAGGAGGGGCCUUGGUGGAGUAGGUCACAAUGUGGCCUCUGUGAUGAGUGCCUAAUAUCACCGGGCUGGCACAGAAGACCCCAUUAGGAAUCAGUUUCCUCAGGGAGGCCACAGAACACAAAAAGUGUCUCUCUCCCUUUCUUUCUGCCUCUAGGCCAGGCUUUGGCAGUUCCAGUAGUGAUCAGUAGGCGGCCAGGGAGGCAGGAGCGAGGUUUUGGGAGGAGGUGUAGUGUCAAGGGUUGGGAGAGGGAUGGAAGCCAUUAGGAUGGGGGAUGCUGGGGACGUCUGUGGCCCCAGCCUCUUCUCCUUCCCGGUGCCAGGGGUCGGGGCCAAUCUACUGUCUGCCAGGGGCACCAUCAUCAGGGCCAGAGAUCAUGAUUCGAUACAGGAGUUUGGGCCUGGUGGCUGCCUAUGUCCUUUGAUUGUGGCUGAUUGCCUCCUUCCUACACCAACACUCCAGCCAGAAGGACCUCUGUAAUAUAGCCAAAAUACACCCGGGAAUCUGCCACUGUCCCAGCAACUUUUCCAGAAAAUGCAACUGCUCAUCUGAGGUCCAGACAUGCUCUGCCUGCCUCCACAUGCCUGGCGAGUCUGACUGGUUUGACAGACGCUUCGACAGCACCGUUGAACCCCUACAGAGGCCACAAGAUCCCAUGUCCAAUGAUGCUCUGAUAUUGUGGCUGGGACUCGAGAGGGUCAAGUCAGAGAAGGAGGUUGAGAAUAAGCAGCAGCAGCUGAUUAAAGCACCUCCCCUAUGCCCACUGGGCCAUGUGGUGUCCAACUGCUGGGUCUGUGCAGUGGUGGGAAACUCAAUGUCUCUACGGAGCUCUGGCCUUGGCUUCAGGAUUAAUCAACAUGAAGUGGUCCUCAGGAUGAACCAGGCCCCUGUCCGAGGCUUUGAGGCAGAUGUGGGGAACAGGACCACCAUGCGCAUUAUCUACCCUGGGAUUGCCAGCCCUUGGGACCCCAGUACCCAACUGCUGCUGCUUCCGUUGAAUUCAUCUGGUCUGGAGUGGUUCUUAAGUGUACUGCAUAAACAGACAAGCAUGUGGAAGCAAAAAAAACCCUGGGUGCUGGUGAUCAGCCUCUACUUCCUCAGGUAUAUCCAGAGAAGUUGGCUGGAGAACCACGGUCAGUAUCCGUCCUUGGAGUUUGUGGCUCUGUUGUAUGCCUUGCAUACCUGUGACCAGAUUCCCGCACUGGACUUCUUGGGGUUCUUCAGACAUACCAGCUGCCUCACGCCUUCUCACACCCUGCUCCCUCUGCCUGGAAUGCCCUUCCCUUGUCUCCCAGGGGAAUCCUCUCUUCUCUCAAUAUAUAAUGAAGAACAACUAGUUGGUGCUCUCUUUUCUGGGCUCUGGGGUCACUAUGAGUAUUUAGAGUCUGUCUUCCUUGAAGAAGGUGAACUCCAUUCUCCUCCCAGCUCCAAGAGGAGGCCUGGCACACUAGUGGUUGAGUGAGUGGUGCUGAAGGCAUGAUAGGUGUUCAUGGGGGCAGGGCAGGAUCUAGCCCGUUAGGCCACCACCAUCUUUUGUCUUAUCCCAUCUCUCAGGUAUCCUUGUUUGGUUUUGGGGCAGACAAUUGCAAAAGGUGGUCCCAUUACUGGGAUGACAAAUAUUGGUUUGAGAACACCAUGCAAAAUUUCCCAGCAGAAUACCAGAUCAUCUUGAAACUGCAGUGUGACAGGAAGAUUGCGGUCUACGGCUGAGAUGUUUCCAGUGGAGUCCCCAGGUAGCCAAGGGGACCUUGUGGUAUCAGAGAGGGACUGGGGCUUCAAGCAGACCCUGGAUGGAGAUCACUCUGCUACUGAAUAAAACCCUAGCUUAUUUCUCUCUCUGGAUUUCUGGUGGCAUUAAAGGGCUACAUUCUA